UUCUCAACGCACUAACCUUUUCAUGAGCUGAGUUGUAAAUAUUCAAUUAUAAAUUGAAGUUUUAUACGUUAAAAAUGUGUUUUAAAAAGCGGUUUUAAAUAAAGUGAUUACAAAACAAUAAUUUCAAUCGAUUCUGCAACCAAAUUCAACUAACUGAUCUCAGACUAGUCCAAACACAACAAAAUGGCAAAAACAAAGUCGGAGACAAAGGCGCCGCGGCGCGAAGGCAUCUACCGGGCGUCGCACAGCAUGAACCCCAACCGACCCAGGGAGGGGGUCAAGGGUGUGGCCAAGGUCAGAGACAGGUCGACCAUCAAUCGGCUGCAGAUGUAUCGCAACUUCAAGCCCAAACGCAACCGGGUCGGCCGUAUCAUACAUGCUGCUCCGUUUCAGGGGCGUGUAGCUUCAGGAGCAGUGGCCAGAGUGGAGCCCAACCGCAAAUGGUUUGAAAACUCACGUGUGAUUGGUCAAAAAGCUCUGCAAAAGUUCCAGGAAGAGUUGGGCCAAGCUGUGAAGAACCCCUACGACAUGGUAAUGAAAAUGACAAAACUCCCCAUCACCCUACUCAAUGAGACCGCUAAGAAUUCCCGGGUACACAUCUUGGACACCGAGUCUUUCGAGAAUACUUUCGGUGCCAAGAAGACAAGGAAACGACCAAACUUGAAGGUGAAGGACGAGGAGCACCUGAAGGAGGUGAUCCAGAGUUCGGCGGAGAGCUACACUGAGGACAAGGAUUAUGAUCGGGUGAAAGAGGACACUGGAGUCAAGGCGGCCGCCAGGGAUUGGAUCAUGUCAGCCGGCAUGAGCAAGCGAAUUUGGAAUGAGCUGUACAAAGUAAUUGAUUCAUCAGAUGUCAUCCUCAUGGUGUUGGAUGCCAGGGAUCCUCAGGGCACCAGGUCAAAGCAUAUUGAGGAGUUCCUCAAGAAGGAGAAACCCAACAAACAUCUGGUGUUUGUCCUCAACAAGGUGGAUCUCAUUCCCACCUGGGUAACCCAGAGAUGGGUGGCCAUUCUCAGCAAGGAGUAUCCCACAAUUGCCUUCCAUGCCUCCAUGAAGCAUCCGUUUGGGAAAGGUGCUGUCAUCAAUCUUUUGCGCCAGUUUGCCAAGUUGCACACCGAUAGGAAGCAGAUCAGUGUUGGGUUUGUUGGGUAUCCCAAUGUGGGUAAAUCUUCAGUGAUCAAUGCAUUGCGUGCAAAGAAGGUGUGCAAGGUUGCACCCAUUGCUGGGGAGACCAAAGUCUGGCAGUAUAUUACACUUAUGCGCCGCAUCUAUCUGAUAGAUUGUCCUGGUGUUGUGUAUAACACAGCACAAAAUGAGAGCGAUACAGAGAAGGUGUUGAAGGGUGUGGUGAGGGUGGAGCUGGUUACCUACCCUGAACAAUACAUCCCUGCCUUGUUGGAGAGGGUGAAAGCUGAGCAUCUGAGUCGCACCUAUGGCAUUGAGCACUGGGAGAACUGUGAUGAUUUUCUGAAGCAGAUGUCUAUAAAAAGUGGAAAACUGUUGAAGGGUGGUGAGCCUGAUGCUACAGCAAUCUCCAAGAUGUUGUUGAAUGACUGGCAGCGUGGCAAGUUGCCUUUCUACACAGCACCAGCUGGGUUUGAGAAUCCAUUGUCCAAGGAGGAUGCAACCAUUUCUGGGGAGGGAGGUGUUGUAGAGGAAACUGAAACAGUUCCUGCAAAGGAAGGUGUGGCUGAACCAGCUGGAGACACCACAUCAGCUGAUCAGGGUUCCAGUGUCAAGAAACUGCCAGCUGAUUUCAAACUAGUUCAGGAUUUCCGGAAGAUACGUGUCAUCCCUGAGUUCCCAGGUGAGGAGGAGUUGUUGGACACUGAGACCUUGGAGCGUGAUCUGGAGGAGGCCAAGCAGAAGAAGGAGGAGGCGGCUCAGAAAAGGAGGAUGGCGGCUGAGGAUGGUGAUUCAUCAGAUAUGUUCAGUGAGGAUGAGGACGAGGAGCAGGUGGCCGAUGUCAGGAAGAAGGUGAUGGCCGAUGAGGAUGCAGCUGCUAAGAAGGUGGAUGCCAAUCUGACCAGUAAGCAGAGGAGGGCUCUGCUGAGGAAGAUGAAGCGCAAGAAGACCGGAAGUGAUUUCUAUGACGUCACCAACGUCAAGAACAGGAACCGGGAACGGAAAGUGCCAAAAAGUGAUAAGAGAAAAUGAAAUAAAUGAAGUGUUAAUGUAUAUCUAAAAGUGGUGAAAAUGAAGUAAUAUUGAUGUGACUCUUGUUCAAUAAAUUAAAUAAAUCUAUAUUCAAAAUAAUUAUUUUUAAACAGGGAAUUAUGCUUCCUGAUUAAUGUCAAAAAUAUUCAACAUCAACUAAAGAAUAAAUUAUGUUUCUUGUUUCAUUCCAACAAACAUUCAAUACCAAGUGAAGUUUCAUUUGAUGGUAUCAGCAUAUGUAUCAUUGUAUAAAUGAAUAAAAGAAUGAAUAUUUCACUCAAGA